CAGAUAAGAAAAAACACCCGAACAACCUGUCGUGUGCCUGUCAACCGGUGCCCCGAAGGGUUGUUUGGGACGUGUUUGCACCGGUUUAAAAGACUGUAUAAAACGAUCUGCUUUCACUGUAUGCAUCUAGGAAGCCUGUGUGUGAGCUGCACUCAUGGAGAAAAGCAGUUGUUGUUCUUACCUGGACAUCUUUUCUUUGCUGUCUCCACUCAUUUUCAUUUUUGAUGUGGUGGGGGACCUGUGGACCAUAGUGUCCCUCUAUGAAGAAGAGAAAUACAUCCCCAUGGGAUUGAUGGUAUUUAUUCUGCUCGCCUCCUCGGUUCUCCUGCAGAUCUUCAGCUGGCUUUGGUACACUGAUGACCCUGAGACCAGAGUAGAGUGUUUCGUCAAGGAGCACAAGUUACUCCCCGUGGUGCACAUCUUGCAGCUUGGGGUCUUCCUCAGGUUUGUGGUUUAUCUUAGAUAUGGCUAUGCUAAAUUACCCCUAGGCAACACCACGACCACUGAGGAUGAUAAUGAUGAUGAUGAUGAUGAUUUUUAUUAUUAUCGUGUAGUAUUAUUGUGUAGAAUUUUAGCUGUGGUGGAUGUCUCAAUCUACAACUCGAAACACAAGACGAAGCUCACCCUGGACUCGAUCGAUGACUUCAGCAUGCUGAAGAUGUUCGAGAUGUUCACCGAAAGUGUUCCACAGAUCGUCCUGAUGACGGUUCUCAUUAUGCAGACGCCAGAGCUGCACCUCUUCACAGUUGUUAAAAUCAUCGGCUCUCUUAGCUGCAUGGCAUUCUCCAUGUUGUCCUUUCAUCGCAAUAUGCGUGAGCAUGUCUCCAAGGAGCUUAAGAUAGGAUGCUUUUCUUCACCUACUGUCCUCUACUUCCUGUGGAACCUGUUCCUGAUUGGCCCACGUGUGGUGUGUGUGUCCCUCUUCGCCUCCGUCCUGCCCUGCUACAUCGCCGCACACUUCCUGUCCCUGUGGACGCUGCUGGUCCUCUGGGCCUGGUGGCAGAAGACGGACUACAUGGGCACUAAAGCUGGAGAAUGGCUGUACCGGGCCACCGUAGCCCUCAUCUGGUACUUCAGCUGGUUUAAUGUAGCGGAAGGAAAUACGAAACUCAGAGGAAUCAUCUACCACAUGGUUAUAGGGGUGGACACGAUGCUCCUGUUAGGAUUAUGGUGGUGGAGGAGAUCUGUGGAAUCAGCUCGUCUUGGUCCACUACCUAUUAAUCCCUACCUACUUAUUGUCAUGUUAAUCAUCAUCUACAUUAUAGGAGUCCUACUGAAACUGGUUUAUUACUGGAAGUUUAAUCCAGAUCAAGGUUUACCGUUAGACAAGAAAACAGAGAAGUCAUUAGUUUUCCUAGCAGACGUACAUCAUACUGAGACAUGUAUUGAAGUGAUCAAUUCUGAAGGUAUGAGAGUAGUCACUGAGAUAUCUAAACCCAUAACUGUACCUGAAUAUGACAGAAGUCUAGUUCUGCCCCAAAGUACUGGUGUCCAAGAGAGAAGAAGAAAAAUGGUUGAUAAUUUCUAUUGCUACGAGUCUAGAACUAGACGUAUACCAGACAUUUAGGGUGUGUUAGACCUUUUGGUUUUUCCCUGUCUUUUUUUCCCCAUCCCAAAGAUUACCCUUCUUUUGUGCUCCUACAGAUCGUGUACAUCAUAAACAGCAAUCGCAAUAAAACACAAACUCAAGGUGAACCAGUCAAAAUAGUAUAUAAAAAAAAUAAUCCCACAACAAGUGCUAUUACAGUUAUCAGAAAACGUUUUUUUUUUUCUUAUUGUAUCCUAACCUCUCUACAAGCUGGCUGCUUUUCUGGACUGACAGAUUUUUUAAAAAAUAUCUUCACAAAUCCAUUAUUAUUUUUUGGGAGGAAAUAUCUUUUUGGGAAGCAAGGCUCAACUUUACUGAGUUUAUGAACAUGCUUACACACAAGAACCGAGAACAUGUUGUUAAUGUAUAACUUCGCAUAUCUCCUAGCGUCAAGUGUCACGGAAAUUUUACAGUGUGUGCUCGAUGUUUUAUUUCUUUCUUUGUUUGUUUAAAGCAAACAGUCCCGAUUUAACACUUUCUACGCAGCCUCUAUAUAUAUAUCCGUGGAAGCGAAUUUGUGCCGGGCAGGAAGAAGAAGAAGAAAAAAGAUUGCAUAAUGAAAUGUUGAAUUAUUAUCUCGAAAACUCCGUGUAAGACUUUUUGCAUGGUGUUGUUUUAUACCCGUCUGUCUAUUUUUCUUACGACUGUUGGUGGUGCUGUUGCGUUUGGUUCCACAAACAUCCAAAAAUCUGAUGUGGGUGCCAAAAAAAAUUGAACCUUAUCGUGACGUUUGAAAGAGAGCUGAACGUGUCCCUCUGUGUCGGAUUCAUGGACAGAACGCACCUUGAAGCAAGACCACAUCAGCUGUUUGUUAUGCAGCAGGUCAACAUACACACGAUGCCCUGAGUGCCGGAGUCUCAUGUCAGCGACGUGCUCGAUCACGACACAAUCAGCUCAGACCACGGGGACACUCAUGAGACAAGAUGAGACGUCAGCUGAUCCUGCUAAACAGAGUUUCACACUGAGAACUCCACUUCCUAUUGUG